AUGGACGUUUUAUCCAAACCCAUCCCUCCGUUAUACACAGUCUACAUUUUAAGAUCAACCGUUCGUUGUACGUCGUUAUAUAUCGGAUCAACACCCAACCCACCAAGGCGAUUAAAGCAGCAUAAUGGGGAAGCUACAGGCGGUGCUGCACGGACAUCACGAACCACGCUGAGGCCAUGGGAGAUGGUCGGUCUUGUUUCGGGAUUUCCUGGAAUGGUAGCGGCUCUGAAGUUUGAAUGGGCUCUCAAUAACCCUCACAUCUCAUUGCAUAUUCCGUCCACAUCUCGAAUUUCGGCAGCAGCGGGCAGGAAACGUGGCGGCCGUCCAAAGCGUCCACGGCACAGCUUAGUUUCUAUCAUCUCCAAUCUCCACCUACUCCUUGGUGUUCCUAGCUUUUCGAAAUGGCCUUUAAACGUCCACUUCUUUGUUGCCGAUGCUUUUGAAGAAUGGGAAAAGUGGUGCGACUCUAUAGACGAGCCUCUUCGAGAUACGAUUCAAGUUCUUAAAGACUUUGGGCCUCCGCACUCGACCUCGAUCAAUAGUGAGAGCUCUGGUUAUGAUACCGAGUCAGACCAGGCCUGGGGUAUACAUGCCCUCUCGCUUGAUUAUACACCAAUGAAGGAGUAUGUGACGAAAACGAAAUCCAUAUAUGAGUUUGAGAGGGAGGGGAAUUGUGUGGUGUGCAAAGAAGAGCUCGAGGCUGGCAAAGGUCUAUAUGCAACAUGCUCGAAUAGUGACUGUGAGGGUACCGGGCAUAUAUCUUGCUGGAGUAAGCAUAUGCUUGGGAAAAAGGCCGAGGAUGACAUUCUUCCCAUCUCUGGCCACUGCCCACGGUGUAAAGGUGAGGUCGUCUGGAGCGAUCUCAUGAAAGAAAUGAGCCUCAGACUAAGGGGAGAGAAAGAAAUAGAAAAACUAUUAAAAAAGCCUCGAAAGCGUAAGGCACAAGCUAAAUCAAGCACAUGA